AUGCUAAAUGAAGUAAAAAGUUUGGCAAAAGUUCGCUCACAAUAUGUGGUCCAGUAUUACAAUUCAUGGCUCAACGACAACACCAAUGAGUUGUACAUUCAGAUGGAGUAUUGCCCGCAAAGUUUGCGCACAGUAUUGGCCGACAAAGCGCUGGCAUUUGGCCGACAAUUAGCGGCGGAACCGAUGAAUGUGUUUGAGUAUUACAUUUCGUGCGAACUAUUCAAACAAGUCUUAGAGAGUGUUCAAUAUCUUCAUGAAUGCAAACCACCAGUCAUUCAUCGGGAUCUCAAACCCGAUAACAUAUUAAUUGAUUCCAACAUUAGAUCCAAUUAUUGUGUAAAACUGUGUGACUUUGGUUUGGCCACCGAUCACAACAUCGAUGGUAACACUACCAGCCGAUACGGGCACACAUCAUGUGUGGGCACAAUUGGCUAUAUGGCGCCCGAAGUGCUUUCAGGCAGUGUUUAUAACCACAAAUCCGACAUUUAUAGUCUCUCAUUAAUCGGUCAGAAGUUGUUUGAUAUCGAUCUCCAGGCGUAA